CGCAUGUCCUGUGUUGGCGGGAUCGCGCACGCAGGAGACCUGGGAAGUAGAGUCGUACGGGGGCGCCGCUGCGCUUCCACGUCCGGUGAUGGCGGCUGUGUGUUGGAGCCCAUGAGGCGGGGAACAGGGGGACCGAGCCGCGCUGCGGGGAAGCAGAGCACGUCCGAUGCCAUGGCGGGCGUGUUUGAUAUCGACCUGGACCAGCCCGAAGACGCUAUUUCGGAUGAGGAAUUGGAGGACGGAAGCACCGUAAAUGAAUUCAUGGACCAUGGUGGCAUGUCAUAUGAACUUGGCAUGGAGCAUUGUGAAAAGUUUGAGAUCUCAGAGACCAGUGUAAAUAAGGGCCCAGAAAAGAUCAGGCCAGAGUGUUUUGAGCUUCUUCGUGUUCUUGGAAAAGGUGGUUAUGGGAAGGUAUUUCAAGUGCGGAAAGUACUAGGAGUUCAUACUGGAAAAAUAUUUGCCAUGAAAGUACUUAAGAAGGCUAUGAUUGUGCGGAAUGCAAAAGACACAGCGCAUACAAAAGCAGAACGUAAUAUCCUAGAAGAAGUGAAGCAUCCUUUUAUUGUGGACUUAAUUUAUGCCUUUCAAACUGGUGGAAAGCUCUACCUCAUUCUGGAGUAUCUUAGCGGUGGAGAACUCUUCAUGCAGUUGGAACGUGAAGGGAUAUUUAUGGAAGAUACUGCCUGCUUUUACUUGGCUGAGAUCUCAAUGGCUUUGGGACAUUUGCAUCAGAAAGGAAUAAUUUAUCGUGACCUGAAACCAGAGAACAUCAUGCUUAAUCAUCAAGGACAUGUUAAACUGACAGAUUUUGGACUUUGUAAGGAAUCCAUUCACGAUGGCACAGUGACACAUACAUUUUGUGGAACCAUAGAAUACAUGGCCCCAGAAAUUCUAAUGCGGAGUGGCCAUAAUCGAGCAGUGGAUUGGUGGAGUUUGGGAGCCUUGAUGUAUGACAUGCUAACUGGGGCUCCACCAUUUACUGGUGAAAAUCGUAAAAAGACUAUUGACAAAAUUCUCAAGUGUAAACUUAACUUGCCCCCCUACCUCACCCAGGAAGCCAGGGAUUUACUUAAAAAGCUGCUAAAAAGAAAUGCUGCCUCACGACUUGGAGCUGGUUUGGGUGAUGCCGGGGAUGUUCAGGCUCAUCCAUUCUUCAGACACAUUAAUUGGGAAGAUCUCUUGGCUCGGAAGGUUGAACCUCCCUUCAAGCCACUUUUGCAAUCUGAGGAGGAUGUGAGCCAGUUUGAUUCAAAGUUUACACGACAAACACCAGUAGACAGCCCAGAUGAUGCCACUCUUAGUGAAAGUGCCAACCAAGUGUUUGUGGGUUUUACUUAUGUGGCCCCUUCUGUACUUGAAAGUGUAAAAGAAAAGUUUUCUUUUGAACCAAAAAUUCGGUCUCCUCGUCGAUUUAUUGGAAGCCCUAGGACACCUGUGAGCCCUGUCAAGUUUUCCCCUGGUGAUUUCUGGGGACGAGGAACAGCUGCUGGAUCCACCAAUGCACAAGCACAUUCUGAUUUCCGAAUGGAAACAAGUGCUGUGGAACAAAUGGAUGUGACAGUAAGCGGAGAAGCCUCAGCUCCACUACCAAUUAGACAAUCUAAUGUGGGGCCAUACAAGAAGCAAACCUAUCCAUUGAUCCCUAAACGACCGGAACAUCUGCGCAUGAAUCUAUGACAAUGUAGUGUUGACUGAAACUUUGACUUGUACAGGUGGUGAAACCAAGGAAGAUAGAACCCAACUGAAAAUAAAGCAAAAAUAUAUAUAGAUCUUGGGUUCUUUUUCAACUCCCUAUGAAGGGAAAUUGAAAUUUAGUCUUGGUUACUACACAGAUCAGUUUGGCAAGACUAAGGCGUGAACAUUCAUUUUUUUUUAAGAUAUAAAUUAUAUAUAUAUGCUCAAAUAUAUAUAUAUUUCAAUCAGUGGUGCACAAAAACAGAUUAAGAAACUGUAAACAGAAAUGGAGGCAAUGUAUUAUUAACCUCCAAGAAUACUUUCAAUGUCCUAGUUGAAAGAAAAAUGUAUUUGCUCAAGGAUUUCAUCUUACUCUACACGUUUACAUUUUUUUUUACAUAAAUAUCACCAUAAAAUGAACUCUGUGGAUGGCGGACAUGAUCCUGCAAGGACAUUGAGUUGUGUUUCAAGUUCUUUAAUAGCUGAAUAGAGUUUGCAUACAGUGAUCGAAAAAAAUGGUAUUUCCUUGAAACAAAUCAGUUGACCUGCAUAAUAUUGAAAUCCCCAAUGCUAUGUUAGAGAGCUAGUUUUACCCAGAAACAAUUGGCAGUCUUCCAUUGUGUUUUGGGAAAUAUAUGCAUUGGAGUGGCUUUUAAAUAGGAGUGUGAUUACUUCCAUUUUUGCAAUGUAAUGAUGCUGUUCAGCAUAUAGGGAAUUAAGUAUUGAAGGCUUCAAAUGAAUCCAAGGCACAUGUGAACCUUGACACUGGAGUGUUUCAUGCUACUAGUAAUGUAUUCCUUUGCAUUUUAUCAGUUUUUUUCCUUCUAUUCCUCUAUAUAUUAAGCUCAAUGCUAUAAGAACUUUAAAUGCUGGGACUUUCCGAUUGUAAAAGUAUUAUAUGGCCUUUAAACUCAUGUCUUCCAUAAAAGGGGGAAUGCUGUCCCUGGACCUAGGGAAUGUUAUCACAAUGCUGGUCUUGGAUUCUGUAUGAAUGGUGUAGCUGUUUGCCCUCUAGGUACAAAGAAAUAAAGGUAACUUUACCUUAACUGCCUUAACAAAGCAAUUUCAUGAACAUCUUUGAGAAGGUAAUUAAAUCAUGUCCAUUUUUGUAUUAUACACUUAAUAGUAUCAUAUAAGUGUUUUCUUACCUUUUACUUGUUUUCCUGUACGUCCAAUUAUGUAAAUAUAGACUGGAGUACACUACCAUUGCCUGAAUUUUCACACACCACUUUCAGCCCAUAGUUGAGCCUAGGAAACAAGCCAUACAAAUGUCUAUGUAUUGAAUUCACUGAAUAAAGAAGGCGUUUAUUUGGUGCAGUUGGCAUUGCAGCUAUUAACCUGUUUCAUGUAUAAUGUCCAUCUACCACACACACAACAAAUAUCUGGCACUGUACCACAGGUUGUAUUAAAAAAAGCUUGUUGAAAGGUC